AUGAUGAAGCCGGUCUACACCGUCGGCCGAGCCAUGGCCAUCGUUCGCGUGCCCGACGACGUCGACGUCAGCGAGCUCGGUGAAUCGCGCCUCGUCGUCGUCGCCGAGCUGUAUCCGCCGGUCCAACGUUUGCACGAUGCGAUGCCAUACGUGCGCAUCGAGUCGACGACCCCUGCCGUGCUUCCGUUCGAGGCCGUGGAGAAGCUGCUGGGAGCGUACUACUCGCCACGAGAGCCAAGGAUGUACGUGUUUGAGGAGGUCUUCGACAACGAUGGAUCGACCUUUGUGAAGCUCUUCGAGCCAUAG